AUGAAGGAAGUUGUUAUUGGUGAGACGCCUAAAAGGAUUAGCGGUCUGGAGUUUAGUGCCCUAAGUCCUGCGGACAUUGUUGCACAAUCUGAGUUAGAAAUUUCGUCCAGAGAUUUGUUUGAUUUAGAAAACAAUAGAAGCCCUAAAGAAGGUGGUGCAUUAGAUCCUCGUAUGGGUGUUUCUGCAUCUAGUAUGGAAUGUACUACUUGUCAUGGUAACUUAGCAUCAUGUCAUGGUCAUUUUGGGCAUAUAAAAUUGGCUCUGCCAGUUUUCCAUGUCGGUUACUUCAAGGCAACUAUUCAGAUAUUGCAAGGUAUAUGUAAAACAUGUUCGGCUAUACUACUUAGUGAACAAGAUAAGAGGCAUUUUUUAUCAGAGUUACGCAGACCUGGUGUGGAUAAUUUGAGGCGUAUGGCAUUACUGAAAAAAGUACUAGAUCAAUGUAAGAAGCAGAGAAGAUGCUUGCACUGUGGUGCAUUGAAUGGUGUAGUUAAGAAAGCAGCUGCAGGGGCUGGUACAGCAUCUCUGAAAAUUAUUCAUGAUACUUUCAGAUGGGUUGGAAAGAAAUCCACACCAGAAAAAGAUAAGUGGAUUGGUGAUUGGAAAGAGGUGCUAUCACAUAAUCCUGAACUUGAAAGAUACGUUAAGAGAGCAACAGAUGAUCUAAACCCACUUAAAACUCUAAAUUUAUUCAAGCAAAUUGCAAGUGAAGAUUGUGAACUUUUAGGUAUAGAUGCAACAAAUAAGGCUGGUAGACCUGAGACUUACAUCUGGAGAUAUAUUCCUGCUCCACCUGUAUGUAUUAGACCAUCUGUCAUGAUGCAAGAUUCACCAGCCUCUAAUGAGGACGACUUAACCGUAAAACUGACGGAAAUUGUAUGGACAUCGUCUUUGAUCAAAGCGGGUAUCGAGAAAGGUAUUUCAAUCAAUAAUAUGAUGGAGCAUUGGGAUUAUCUGCAAAUGACUGUCGCUAUGUAUAUCAAUUCAGACUCAAUCAAUCCGGCUAUGUUACCGGGUUCUUCGACAGGUGGCGGUAAAGUCAAGCCAAUAAGAGGUUUCUGUCAACGUCUCAAAGGUAAGCAAGGUAGAUUCAGAGGUAACUUAUCUGGUAAGCGUGUUGAUUUUUCAGGUAGAACAGUUAUUUCACCAGAUCCAAACUUAUCAAUUGAUGAAGUUGCUGUGCCUCAACUUGUUGCUAAGGUAUUGACCUUCCCUGAAAAGGUCACCAGAUACAAUAUCAAGAAGCUAAGACAACUUGUUCAAAAUGGUCCAAAUGUCCAUCCUGGUGCAAAUUACCUACUCAAAAAAAAUGAGGAAGCCAGAAGAAACUUACGAUACGGUGACAGGCAAAAACUGGCUAAUAACUUACAGUAUGGUGAUGUUGUUGAGAGACAUUUAGAAGACGGAGAUGUCGUCCUUUUCAAUCGUCAACCUUCAUUACAUAGGUUAUCUAUCUUAUCACAUUAUGCCAAAAUUAGGCCAUGGAGAACAUUCAGACUUAAUGAAUGUGUCUGCACACCUUAUAAUGCGGAUUUUGAUGGUGAUGAAAUGAAUUUACAUGUUCCACAAACUGAGGAGGCAAGAGCAGAAGCAAUUAAUUUAAUGGGCGUGAAAAAUAAUUUACUAACUCCUAAAUCUGGUGAGCCUAUUAUUGCAGCUACACAAGAUUUCAUCACAGGUUCUUACCUUAUUUCACAUAAAGACUCGUUCUUUGACAAAGCUUCAUUAACUCAAUUAUUAUCUAUGAUGUCCGAUGGUAGCUUGCAAUUUGAUAUACCUCCUCCAGCAAUUAUGAAACCAUGUUAUCUAUGGACAGGUAAGCAAGUUUUUUCUUUGCUAAUAAAGCCUAAUAAGAACUCUCCAGUGAAAAUUAAUCUUGAUGCAAAAAAUAAGGUGUACAUACCACCAAAGCAAAAGCAUUAUCCAAAUGAGAUGUCACAAAAUGAUGGUUUUGUAAUUGUGAGAGGCUCACAAAUAUUAAGUGGUGUCAUGGACAAGUCUGUUUUAGGUGAUGGUAAGAAACAUUCUGUAUUUUAUACUAUCUUAAGAGAUUUUGGUCCACAAGAAGCUGCCUCUGCAAUGAAUAGGAUGGCCAAGCUGUGCGCGAGAUACUUAGGUAACAGAGGAUUUUCUAUUGGUAUAAGUGAUGUCACACCAGCAGAUGAUUUGAAGCAAAAGAAAGAAGACCUGGUUGAAAUAGCUUAUGCAAAGUGUGACGAACUAAUUGAUUUAUACAAUAAAGGUAAAUUGGAAACUCAACCAGGUUGUAAUGAAGAGCAAACAUUAGAAGCAAAGAUUGGUGGUUUACUAUCUAAGGUUAGAGAAGAAGUUGGUGAUGUUUGUAUUAAUGAGUUGGAUAACUUGAAUGCCCCACUUAUUAUGGCAACCUGUGGUUCCAAAGGUUCUACAUUGAAUGUUUCUCAGAUGGUGGCGGUUGUCGGUCAACAAAUUAUAUCUGGUAAUCGUGUUCCUGAUGGUUUCCAAGAUCGUUCUUUACCUCAUUUCCCCAAGAAUUCCAAAACACCUCAGUCUAAAGGUUUUGUCAGAAACUCUUUCUUUAGUGGGUUAUCUCCACCAGAAUUCUUGUUUCACGCUAUUUCAGGUCGUGAAGGUUUAGUUGAUACUGCUGUUAAAACCGCAGAAACCGGUUACAUGUCCAGACGUUUGAUGAAAUCUCUGGAAGAUCUUUCAUGUCAAUAUGAUAAUACAGUCAGAACAUCUUCCAACGGUAUUGUCCAAUUCACAUACGGUGGUGAUGGUCUGGAUCCUCUUGAGAUGGAAGGUAAUGCUCAACCAGUUAAUUUCAAUAGGUCAUGGGAUCAUGCAUACAACAUCACUUUCAAUAAUACAGACAGAGGUUUACUACCUUAUGAAAUAAAGAAGACUGUUGAUAAUAUAUUGAAGCCUUUAGAGAAAAGACUAAUAAGAUAUGAUACAUUAGGUCGUCCAGUUUCUGCGGAAGAUGAUAAACUAGAUGACUAUGUCGAUCAACAUGACUCAGAGAGAUUAUUUUAUGCCUCAUUAAGAGAGUUUAUGACUGACAAAGCAAAAAAACUUGCUAAGCUAAGAAAAUCGAGAGGUUUACCAAAGUUGAUAAAGAAAAGUGAACUUGAAGGCUAUGACCCCGAAAAUGAACAUAUAGAUGCCAUUGUCCAACACUCUAUUACGCAGCUGUAUAGAAUAACAGAAGAUGCUGUUCAGAAGUUCUUGGAAAUUGCUAUUUCGAAAUAUCAUCGUGCAAAGGUUGAACCAGGUACUGCUGUUGGUGCCAUUGGUGCACAAUCUAUUGGUGAGCCUGGUACCCAAAUGACAUUAAAAACAUUCCACUUUGCUGGUGUCGCGUCCAUGAAUGUUACAUUAGGUGUUCCUCGUAUUAAGGAAAUUAUUAAUGCCUCAAAGGUUAUUUCUACCCCGAUUAUUAACGCCGUCCUUGUAAAUAACAAUGAUGAAAGAGCAGCUAGAGUUGUUAAAGGUAGAAUAGAAAAAACGCUUUUAUCUGAUGUGUGUUACUACAUUCAAGAUGUUUAUAAAGAGAACAUGGCCUAUCUACAAGUUAAGGUUGACUUAAACACAAUUGAUAAGUUGCAAUUAGAGCUAACUAUAGAAGAUAUAGCGAUUGCCAUCACUAGAGCACCUAAACUAAAAAUCCAGACAUCUGAUGUAACAGUAUUAGGCAAAGACAAGAUUGCUAUCAAUGUCUUACCUGAAGGUUUUGGUUCAAAAACCUCAUCGACUUCAUUAAAGGAGCCUACAGAAAAUGAUGUAUUCUAUAGAAUGCAGACUUUGCGUAGAGCACUGCCUAGUAUCAUGGUCAAAGGUUUGAAUGAUAUAGCAAGAGCGGUCAUUAAUAUUCGAGACGAUGGUAAGAGAGAACUUUUGGUUGAAGGUUACGGUUUAAGAGACGUUAUGUGCACAGACGGUGUUAUUGGUGCAAAAACUGCAACUAACCACGUUCUAGAAAUAUUUAACGUUUUAGGUAUAGAAGCAGCUAGAGCAAGUAUCAUCGGUGAAAUUGACUAUACUAUGAGUAACCACGGUAUGAGUGUCGAUCCACGUCAUAUUCAGCUUCUAGGAGAUGUGAUGACUUUCAAAGGUGAAGUACUAGGUAUUACUAGAUUUGGUUUGAGUAAAAUGAGAGAUUCGGUUCUACAACUAGCUUCAUUUGAAAAAACCACAGACCAUUUGUUUGACGCUGCCUUUUAUAUGAAGAAAGACGCCGUAGAAGGUGUCUCAGAAUGUAUUAUUUUGGGUCAAACAAUGUCUAUCGGUACAGGGUCAUUUAAGGUUGUAAAAAACACCGACAUAGCGGAAGAUGAGUUGAAACCUAAGCGUACACUUUUCGAGAGUUUAACCAGUAAUGUGGCCAACAAACAAGUUUGA